AUGCGACUUUGUUUACGACUUCUUCGGCCAGCAGCGAAUCAGAAUAUCCCAACACCGAAGUUGUGGCAAGAUCCCGUCCUUGGCUAUUUUGAAACUCAUGGAAAAACUGAAUUUCUUCCAAAUGAGGAAUAUAAUCUUACAGAAGAUGAAAAAAAAGCUGUAUUAUGGAGAUAUCGCGUAAAAGAAAUUCUAAAAAAGGAGUAUUUGAGACGAGAAUAUGAUCCGCAAAACUUUAAAUAUAAGGCUGGAGUAGUAAUUGAUCCAGCUAUGUUUCGCUGGUAUGCAGCUGAUAUGACUCAAGCCGAAUUUUUUCGAGCUACCCCUCGGACGGUCUUCUUGUACUGUGGUCUUACCUAUUUCUUAUUCUUUCUAUAUUGCAGAUUAAUGAUGGAUGGAGAUCGAAGCAAUGAAAAAUGUUUGGAUGGCGAAUUAUUAUGGUGGGAUCGGCAAGAUGGUAGACUCAUUAAAUCGUGUGGCAGUGGUCAUUUUUCGCCGAAUUAUGGAUGUCUUUAUUAA